AUGCAGGCACACCCGGAUCAAGAUGGCAAUGCACCCUCCACCAACUCCUCGGCCCUGAAGGACCAGUUUCAGACGACAAAUCUGAUCCGCAAGGGGCUGGCCGUGUGGCACUGGAUCGGGAAGAGGCAGCCGGCCACAGACUUCGUUUGCCGGCUGGACCCCGACACUCUGUUCAUGGCCGAUCGUUUCCGGCAGUUUGUUCGCCAGCACUGCCUCAGCAACCAGUCCAUGGUGUACCUGGGACAGGUGCAGUACUGGAUGGCCUGGCAGUCUGGGGCUUUCCCAGACGGCGGCGCGGGAAUCUGCUUGCCCUGGGUGGCAGCCCAGGCGUUUACCUCCAAGUUAGAGGGUGUCGUGCACAAGCACCUUGGUGGAAAUGAUGCAGCACUUUCUGGUGGGCUUCCUCACUACUGUGCAAUGUGGCCUGGUCACUGGGAUGAUGUGGUCACAGGGCUCUGUUUCCAGGAGAUGAACCUCCUUCCUUACCGCGGCAUCGUGUCUCCGUUGGGACAGACGCUCUUCAACAGCGAGGUGCUCCCGCACCUUUCCGACACUUCUGGACACUGCCUGGGAAGUAUUGAAGACUGGCUAGAGCAAGGCCGGCUGCAUGACCUCUUUCUGUGCUCCACCAGGUACCGCGAUUGCAGUGCUGUAAGACCGCAGUGCUGGGUGAAUGACAUGGAGGCCAUCUCUUUUCACGGAUACAAGAAUGCCUCGGACCUGCAGCGUGCGUACCGCUACCUGCGCGGGCGAUAUCCGUCGGCUCGGGACUAG